AAAACCAAUUAAAUGUACUUGGUAUAAAUUAUACAAAGAACAUUCAUUGAUAUUUUCAGUACAUGAAUUAAUAACAUGUCAACCCUUACAUUGUUCCCUCCACAUUCUCUUUGAAACAGUCAAUAAUAUCCAAUCAUGCAUGUCUGUUCUGAUCAUAAGUGCAAAAUCGUGUGCAUAGAAAAUUGAGAGUUGAGUUAGAGUCAUUUUCUAUAUAUUAAAAAUUCAAUAGAAUGUGUGACAUUACUUUCAAGAAAGAAAAAAUUGUACUACAUAAGAAUCUAUUUUAUUUUAUUUUUUCUGAUUUGAGUUAAUUUCUUUUUAUGCUUCUUGAUUUCUCUCACUUAUUGAUUCAAUGAAGCUCAAAAAUAAGUUCAUAUUGUUGAUUCUAUUUCUGCAUUGUGUUAUUUUCAAUGUUGAAUCAAAGUGUGUGAAAGGGUGUGAUGUAGCUUUAGCUUCAUACUAUAUCAUGCCUUUAGUACAACUCCCAAAUAUAACAACAUUUAUGCAAUCAAAGAUUGUUAAAAAUUCUCCUAAAGUUAUAAUGAGCUAUAAUAAAGACAUAGUAUUUAGUAAUGAUAAUGUAUUUUCAUAUUUUAGAAUCAACAUUCCAUUCCCAUGUGAAUGUAUUGGAGGCGAAUUUCUCGGUCAUGUGUUUGAGUAUUCUUCUUCUGAAGGAGAUACUUACGAUUUGAUUGCGAAUACUUAUUAUGCAAGUUUGACAACUGUUGAGGUUUUGAAAAAGUUCAAUAGUUAUGAUCCAAAUCAUAUACCUGUUAAGGCUAAGGUUAAUGUUACUGUAAAUUGUUCUUGUGGGAAUAGUCAGAUUUCAAAAGAUUAUGGCUUGUUUAUUACUUAUCCGCUAAGGGCUAGGGAUAAUCUUCAAAAGAUUGCAAGUGAUUCUGAACUUGAUGAAGGGGUGAUACAGAGUUUCAAUUCUGGUGUCAAUUUUAGCAAAGGUAGUGGGAUUGUGUUCAUUCCAGGAAGAGAUCAAAAUGGAGAUUAUGUUCCCUUGUAUCCUAGAACAGGUCUUGCUAAAGGUGCAGCUGUUGGUAUAACAAUAGCAGGAAUACUUGGACUUUUAUUAGUAUUAGUUAUCUGUAUAUAUGUCAGAUACUUCCGAAAGAAGGAAGAAGAGAAAACUAAAUUUCCUGAAACUUCUAUCGCCUGUUCAUCUCAAGAUGGAGCUAAAUUCAUUGUGGUAGACAAAUCACCCGAGUUUUCGUACAAAGAACUAGCCAAUGCUACUGAUAACUUCAGUUUGGCUAACAAAAUUGGUCAAGGUGGUUUUGGCGAGGUCUACUAUGGAGAGCUGAGAGGCAAGAAAACUGCAAUAAAAAAGAUGAAAAUUCAAGCAACAAGAGAAUUUCUUGCUGAACUCAAAGUCUUAACAAGUGUCCAUCACUGGAACCUGGUACACUUGAUUGGAUAUUGUGUUGAGGGAUCUCUAUUCCUUGUUUAUGAAUACAUAGACAAUGGAAACUUAAGCCAACAUCUACAUAAUUCAGCGAAAGAACCGAUGACAUGGUCUACAAGGGUGCAAAUUGCUCUUGAUGUUGCGAGAGGACUCGAGUAUAUUCAUGAUCAUUCGGUGCCUGUAUACAUCCAUCGCGACAUUAAAUCAGAUAACAUUUUGUUAAAUGAAAACUUCACUGCGAAGGUUGCAGAUUUUGGAUUAACCAAGCUGACUGAUGUUGCAAGUUCAACCGAUAAAACCGAUCACAUUGCAGGCACAUUUGGUUACAUGCCACCUGAAAAUGUAUAUGGACGUAUUUCUCGCAAGAUAGAUGUAUAUGCUUUUGGAGUUGUUCUUUAUGAACUAAUUUCUGCUAAAACAGCUGUGAUCAAGAUUGAUACAACUGAGUUUGAGUUUAAGACCAAUGAAUCUAUUGAUGAAUACAAGAGCCUUGUAGCAUUGUUUGAUGAAGUUAUUGAUCAAGAGGGAGAUCAUAUAGAAGGUCUAAGAAAACUGGUGGAUCCAAGGCUAGGAGAAAACUAUUCAAUUGAUUCCAUCAACAAGAUGGCACGGCUUGCCAAGGCUUGCAUAAACCGAGAUCCGAAACGACGUCCAACAAUGAGAUCUGUUGUGGUUUCUCUUAUGACACUAAAUUCAACAAUUUAUGAUUAUGAUGGUAGUAGGGCAGACAGUGCAUCAUUGAGUCUUACUAUGGAGCAUGACUCAAAUUCAAAAGAAUUUCCAAUGUGAAACUUAAUAGUUAAUAACUUAAUACUACUCUAUUAUGCGCUGGUUGUAAAGCUUAUUAUAAGAGAUGAAGAACAGAAAAAAUCACAUACUGUGGAUGAUGGUUUAUCGAAAUUUGUAUAUAUGAUCUGUUUAUAAUUACUUAGAAAAUGUGAAACCAAAUUGUAUGAUUGGUCUAGACCAAUGUUAGCUAGCAGCAAAACUAUACCAUCUUGGAUCAAUUACUUUACUUGUCUUAGCAUUUUUUAUAUCCCACAUUGGAUAGAAUAUAACAUUAUCAAGUCUAUAUAACUGUCUGAUACACUAGUAGUUUGCUGAGUUGGGUAGCGCCAACUUUUGACC